AUGAAGAUCAUUGCCAUCUGUACAUUGCUUCUCGUGCCCACUCUCUUGGCGGCUCCCGCUCCUGCCGCCCAACCGGGGAUCGAGUCCCUCCUUGACCCCGAGACACUCGCUGGAUUGGACCUUUCCUUCCUCGACGAGUCCUUGCCUCGUCACCUCGAUAAGAAGGACUGUACCUACCAAAUUAAUCUCAUCAUCACCAAGGCUCGCGCAUACUAUGGCCCCUUUCAACCGGUUUAUAUGUUUGGGGAAACCGUCUAUGAGCGAUGUGGCGAUACCGGUUGCUCCGGCGCGGUAAGGCAGUACCAAAAUACGCCGCUGGUGUGGAACACAACCCUCAGCGCCUCCGGAAUCACUACCAGGGCCGUGUGGGUGGCUCACGCAAGUGUCAUCACGGCCAUUUUCACUGCCUUGCAGAACCAGACCAACUUCAACUCCGGCUGCAACUACUGGACCGCACCUCAGGCCGUCGGCACUAUUGCGUCCUCGGUGUGCGGUGGUCAAUUCAACUACUUGAGCGUGAUGGCUUUCCAGUCCAACGCUCUCAGCGUCGGUGACGGCGGAUGGUGCGACCCAAACAACCUUUCCAACCUCAUCAACAACGCAAAAUCCAACUCGGACAUGUUCAAGUCCUACCAGGUCGUCCCCCUCAACCAGUUAGUUUGCAGCGCCUCGUAA